AUGACGGAUGAGGAAGCAGCUCCGGUUAGGACUCUUAAGGACUAUUUGAAUUCGGAAAGGGUCACUCAACGGUCACCAAUUGUUUUCCCACGCCCCACGACUGUUGCAAACACAUUCGUGUUCAAGUCGGACUAUCAUCGUUGCAUUCCUUUCUUCCAUGGUAUGGAGCGCGAAGAUCCGUACCAACAUAUCCGGGAAUUUGAAGAAUCCCUCCAAUCUUUUGUUACUGUGGAUGCGCAUCUCAACCAAGCAAGAUUGAGGCUUUUCCCAUUCACUUUGAAGGACAAGGCAAAGACUUGGUUUCAUUCAUUGAAGCCUCAAUCCUUGACUACAUGGGAGGAAGUUCAAGACAUUUUUCACAAGAAGUUCUUUCCGGCCAACCGAACCAAGCUCUUGAUGGAUAAGAUUCAAACCUUUAAACAACGGGAUGGAGAAGCUUUCCACCAAUAUUGGGAGCGUUAUAAGGAUUUGCUUGUAGCAGUACCCCACCACAACUUUGCUUUGUAUCAGCUAAUUCACUAUUUCCAUAUGGGCUGCUCACAACAAAGCAAGCAAUUGCUCGACACUAUGUGCUCCUGGGGUUUUAUGAAUAAAUCUCCUGACGAAGGCUGGGAUUACUUGGAUGAGUUGGCUAAGAAGUCUUUAACAUGGAGUUUCGAGGAUGUCGGGGACAGAGCUAUGGCUAGUCAAGGCCCCGGAGGUUUCGGGAAAUUUUCUAUCAAUGAGCACCAAGCAAUUGAAACACGGAUGGAACAAUUGGCGCAAAAGUUGGAGAAGUUAGAAUUAAAAGGGGUGAAGGAAGUCAAAGCGGUGAGAGCAAUGAAGGAACUUUGUGUUAUUUGUGAAACGACGGGUCAUUCAACCGACAACUGUUUAUCCAUUCCCACUCUCAAGCAGCACUACAGCAACCUAAAUCUUCCGAUUGAAGAAGUUAGCGCAGUCAACCAACGUUUUGAACCGUUUCCCCAAAACUUCAACCAAGGUCAAAGGCAACAUCCGGGAUUCUGUUGGAACAAUCAGAUUGAAGGAGGACCUUCUCAAGCACCUCCCGGAUCUCAAAUGCAACCCUGGCGGCCUGUUCAAGGCCAAUGGCGAUCUUUGGAAGAUACUCUCCAAUCCUUCAUGCAAGCUCAAUCGAAUUACAACGAGAAUAACACCCAAAUGAUGGGAGAGUUGAAGAACCAAAUGGGGAAGAUAACCACAUCUAUCGGGCUUCUCCAGCAAGAAAGAGGCAAGUUUUCUACUAAGCCACAAGCUAACCCACAAGGCCAACUCCUCAUUGGUAGUUCUUUGGUGCCACCGCCCGAGCAAGCUCAAGCAAUAAUUACUCUAAGGAGUGGCAAGGCAGUCGACAAUCUUGUGAUCAACCCGCCGGUUGCUCCUAUUCUAGUGCCAUCAUCGACGACAACAAGUUCUACUGCAACGGAGGAAUGUAUCGAGCAAGCUCCGGAGGAAGACGGGGAAUCUCCUGUGCAAGGUUCACAGGAAGCUGAAGCUGAGACCACUCCAAGCCCACAAGUUUCUCCCGUUCUGGCACCCUUUCCUUCCCUAUUGAAAAAGCCGGUUCCUCCAUCCAAGGAUGCCGAUAGACUUGACGUGUUCAAAAGGUCAAUGUGA